CGGAAUGGGGGAAAUGUCGGCACCGACACGCCGCAGGGCUGGCAGGGUUGUUUGGCGACCGCGCGCCUGCGCAGACGAAACUCCGUUCCCGAGUAGCGGGUACGGGCUUGAGCUGCUGCGAGCUCGGGGCGGGAGCGGUAGGGUCCGCACCGGAACCGGAACGGGAACGGAAGCGCGGCGCGUGUUCGCUCCUCUCUCUAUCUAUCGCAUAUAGUCCACUCCGCUCCGCUCGGCGCGAGCUGCAGUACUAUUCUGAUAUGGCAGACUCAACUAGAAAUGGCCCCCAGGGUGGUGUCUUGCAAUUCAUGAUGGCUAACAAACUGGAGGCUGCCAUGUGGCUUUCUCGACUUUUCACAAUAUACUGCUCUAUCAUGUUUAUAUUUCCCUUUAUGGGAUUAUAUGAGGCUACUAGCUUUUACCAACGUGCUUUGCUGGCAAAUGCGCUUACCAGUGCACUUCGGUUACAUCAACGUUUACCUCACUUCCAACUGAGCCGUGUUUUUCUGAGUCAGGCCCUGCUAGAGGACAGCUGCCACUAUCUCCUUUUCUCAUUAAUCUUUGUCAACUCACAUCCAGUUACUAUGAGUAUUUUUCCAGUUUUUCUAUUUUCUCUGUUACAUGCUACAGCGUAUACAAAGAAAAUUUUAGAUAUCCUGGGUCCAGGCAGUUUGGCUUUUUUAAGGGCCAUCUUAGAUAAAAUUUCAGCUAAUCAACAGAAUAUUUUGAAGUUUAUUGCUUGCAACGAAAUUUUUCUGAUGCCGGCUACAGUCUUCAUGUUGCUAAGUGGUCAUGGAAGUUUGUUGCAGCCUUUCAUUUACUACCGAUUUCUUGCACUCCGAUACUCCUCUCACAGAAACCCCUACUGCCGAGCUCUCUUUUCAGAACUGAAAUUGCUGUUGGAACAUUUAAUCAUGAAACCCGCCUGUCCUGGAUUUUUGCGAAACAUGUGUCUUAACUGUAUUUCUUUAGUAAGUCGAUUGGCUCCCACCACAAAUUGAAAUGAAAACCACACAUCUUCUAUAAAAAUAAAUAAAUAUGCUGAGCAACUGAUUAAUGUUACUGGCUGUCAGCCUAGACAUACUCAAAAUGCUUGUUUUUUAGAAUCCCUUUCAUAUCAGAUUGUACCUUUGAAACAAAAUUUGUUAAACUGAAUUUCAGUUUUUCGUUGAAUUACUUAGUUGAAAUGGUUGGUUAAGGUGUGGAGAAACUAAGAUAUUAGUGUGGGUUUUAAUUUCAACUGAUUUAAUGAUGGUGAAAUCAAGAUUUACUUUUAGUCAAUAUUGGGAAAAUGGAAAAAUAGCACUAAAAGUAAUUGGUCUUGGUGGUGUAAUUAUUUGGAUGUUCAUGAUCUUAGAUUUUGUUGUCUAUACCCAAGAAAUUGUACAUAAGUAUAUAUAUAUAUAU